AUGGAGGCUGACUUCAGAAGCGCUUUUGUUGGACAUUCGUUUCAUAGCUUUGAUGAAUUCUAUUCCCUAUUUACCUCAUUUAUGCAUCGGAACAACGUCAAUUUUGUUUGCUGUAGCAACAAAAGAAGCAAGUAUCAUAUGGUGAGGUAUGAUCGCAUCGUUUAUAAAUGCGUGCGCAGUAAGCGCCGCAAAACAAGGAGCAAAGGAAUACGGCGAGUCUAUUCUCGAGACACCGAUUGCAGUGCUCGUGUUAAUGUUGCUCGGGAUGGAGGUAAACUGAAAGUGCUAACGUUCCAGCUCUUCCACAACCAUCCAUGCAACCGGUUUUUUUCGAAAGGCACCCUAUAA